AUGUCGGUCGCAGCUGCAAUUGGGAGCGCGAAUGCCGCGAUUACUUCGGAAGUGCGCUUCGUUCAACGUCUGAUUGAAGAAUGGAACAACGGAAACCAGGAUUUGUUUUUCACGCAUCUGCAUACGGACGUGAAAUUUCAUGAAAGUAUGGUGGACUGCAGCAACGACUGGUUGUAUUUUACCUUAGGAAAGGACUCCUUCCAAUCGCUCCAGCGGAAGAAGCAGAAGCAUUUUGACUCGCUCAGUCUGCGGCCGUACGCCAACUCGUGGAGGGGCGAAGGGGACAUCGUUCAAUUCGACGCAGACUGGGACUUCGUGUGGAAGCAGGACGGUCCAGCUAAGGGACAGCUUUUCAGCAUGUUCGCGCGCGUUUUUCUACAAGUUCAAAAUGAAAAGAUCGUGACCUAUUUCUUUGACGUCGGGAAGUUGCCAGCUGGUCUUGUUAUAGAGGAGGACGACUCAUUGACGGAAGUUUCUUACAUUCUCUUGCGGCCCGACAACGACCUGACACUUCUUGUCCAGAAAUUGCGAUACGAGCUGGACUGUAAGAAUCUGGUGAACGAGUGCGAGUUUUUCGUGCCUCUGCUUGCACUCAUUUCCGAGUAUGGACACGCGCUGGCUGUGUUGCCGAACAAUACUGGUGACGACCACGAGCACGCACAAUUGCAAUUUGCUGCAAAAAGUCGGGCGCUGACGGAGAAAGCAGACCUAUUCAAGGAGGAGCUCGAUACCAAACUGAUACUGAAGCAGGAGCUCGAGACCAAACUGAAACAGGAGGUCGAGGCAAUAGAAGCGUUCAUCAGUCAAACCCAGCGCAGUGCCGCACUGCUUGUCGACGAUGGUGCGUGGACGUCGUUCCUGCAGCGUUGUCUCACCGAAGCAGAACAGCUCCGUGAUGGUCUAGGUUCCUCUUCUGCGACAGCCAACAACUCGAGCGGAGUCCUGGAUUUGCAGGCUGACUUUGCGAACAGAGAAUCCCUGCGUGCGCGUUUGAGGUCAGUUGCUGUUCACUCUGCCCUGAACGACAUUAUGGCCGUCGCAAAGGCUUUGUCGGUUGAAUACAACGCGCGGGUGUUGAAGAAAAUGCAGAACGACGAUGAAGACGACGGGAACCAGGGUGGUCCUGAUCCGAAGCAGCGGAAGAUCGAGAUGAAUCAACAGGGAAGUAACGCCCGCUGCAUAUUUGUAUUUCUGAAGAGACGACUGAUCUCAGUCUCAUCCCACUUGCAGGAAGCCCCCGCCCUCCGCCUGCCGCUUCCGCAGGGGGCCCCCUCUCCCUACCCGGGCCGCCCGCCGACCGCGCAGUCCGCUUCGGCGGCGUACGGAAGCGGAGCACAGGGCUAGGCGCCUUCACACCAAUUGUCAGGAUGAACGAAGAGGAGUGUAAGAUUUUCACAGCUGAUUCAGAUGUCUUCGAAAACUUCAUGUAUGAUGAUGUUCUACUCAGACUUCAUUUUUUGAUUGUACAUUGCAACAUGUGUGAUAUUGUUUAUCCAUCGGCAUUGGUCAACGGCAG